AUGCGCAGUAUAGUUUGUUCUGAAGGAAUACGUGUGGUUGCUGACUGCGGAAUAAAGGAGAACCCUGAUACCAUCGAAGACCGUGAUUUCUAUGGCAAAGAGCUCGACCGUCCUCUCUACUGUGUUCUCCAGGAUACCAAGCCUCUCAGGUGUGUGGCCUUUGAAGGAAGUGACACGGGGAGGAGGUUCUACGGCUCUGCUGUGAAAAGAGGCGUGAACUGUGGAGUCGUCGAAUGGGUUGACCACCCAUGGCCUAUCAUUAUGCAAAUGUGCCUACUCAAGAUCUGGGGGAUGUUGCAUGAGAGCAAUGAUGAUAGGCGAGCAAAGAAUGAAGAGAUAAGCAGGCUUAAAAUGGAUAUUGAACAAGGGAACCUUAAGCUCGAGAAUCUUGUUGCAGCUGCAGAAAGAACUAAUGUUACUACCAUGAAGAUUGACAGGCAGAAGAAGCAGAUGGGUAUCGUUGAUAAAGACGUCAAGCGCAUUCAUAGGUCUCUCACAAGUGCCAUUCAGAAUCUAAAGGACGAGAGGGGUGAGAUUAAGCUGGACAGGGAUUUUCUGAAGGAGGAGGUGCAUAAGCUGAAGGAGAAUAGAAAGAAGAUGCAAAGCAUCAUCUGUGAUCUUUUGGGGCAAGGGUUUGCGAACACUGAUGACCUCCUGAUGAUCAAGGCAAUCCUCGAAGAAUGA